CUGCUUCAAAGGGUUCUUUUCCCAAGCAAGAUCCGUCCCUGAGUCGCCACAGCUUGUCAUCCUACACAAAGAAAUCCCUGCCUAUUCCUUUUUCCCUUCAUUCUUCAAUGGCAGUAUCCAAUUUUUAUCUGGUCAUUUGAUGGCUUCGUUUAUAUUCUAAUUUUCCUUUGCAGUUUCUUUUUCUGUACAAAGCUAGAAAACCCUAAUUGAAAAUGGUCACUGCAACUGAUUCUUCAUCUGAUCAUCGCUCGCCGACUAGUGCUGGGGAUACCAAUAGCCCUAAAUUCCCGCGAAAAAACCUGCCAUCUCCGUGGGCUCAAGUUGUACGAGGUGGGGAGUGCGAAUCUCAUCCAUCGCCGCCUUCAUCAUCUUCCUCUUCGUCAUCACUCACAGCCUCCGUGCCCGACCAACCGCCAUUCUCUGAUUUUCCUCCGAAGGAAGCACCUUUAACGCAGCUGCCGGAUAAUUCUAAUGUUGCUGCCGUAGAUAACUCCGACGCUUCCGACGCCAAUGCGGGUCAUUCUAAGAGGCCCGCUUGGAGCAAACCUUCGAACGGCGUUGUCGAGGCUGGUCCAGUAAUGGGUGCUGUUACUUGGCCCGCAUUAUCUAAAUCCACGAAGGUUUCGUCCAAAAUGUCAGCUGACUCCUCCUCUAAGACUGCCUUUGACGGAUCACUUUCCCCCUCUCAGGGCUCUGGCACUUUACAAUCCCCUCAAAAGCAACCUACUAACAAUGCAAAGCCUAACUCUGCAACAAACUAUGCUGUGCAUCAUAGACAAAGGUCAAUGAAGCGUGGAGGUAGCAACAGCCCUGGGGUUGGUCAUGCUCAGAGCAGCUUUUCUAAUCCUCCCCCACCUCCCCCACCACCGCCCUUUCCUGUAUUUCCUAUACCGGUAAGUACCUAUGGUAAUGUGGUGCCAGGGGUUUCAGAUCAUUCUCCAAGGGAAAUCCCUUACAGGAACAAUAGCUGGGAUACAAGACCACCAGUUGGGGGUUUUGUGCCUGCUGUGAAUGAUCAUUGGAAUCCUCCCCGCAGAGGCAAUUUCGGGCCCCAUCAACGUGGGGAUGGAUCCUAUCAUAAUAACCACGGGGGUAGGCGUGACCAUGAUCGUGGAAAUCAUGCAAACUCUAGAGAUGCUCAAGUACACCAACAGAGGAUGUCUCCUAGGGGAUUAGUGAGGCACCCCCCUCCUAAUACUCCUGCAUUUGUUGCCCCUCCGCCCAUGGGACCCUUUGCAAACCCCAUGGGUUUUCCAGAAUUUUAUUAUUUCCCAACUCUACCACUAGAGCCGUUCAGGGGCAUGCCGUUCAUUACUCAUGGUCCUCCUCCUGCCAUGUUUCUCCCUGUUGCAGAACCUCCUCUGACAAAUAUGCUAAUGAACCAAAUUGAUUAUUACUUUAGUGAUGCUAAUCUAGUGAAAGAUGAUUUUUUAAGAUCCAACAUGGAUGAACAGGGUUGGGUUCCCAUUGCUUUGAUAGCAAACUUCCGUCGGGUUAAAAGUUUGACAAACAACAUUCAGGUGAUACUGGAUUCAUUGAGAAAUUCUGCGGUUGUGGAAGUACAGGGUGACAAGAUGCGGAGGCGUAAUGAAUGGAUGAAGUGGCUGCCCUCAUCUCAGCUUCGAGCUGAUUCUGGUUCAUCAUCUCCUGUUGGAUCAAGCUGCAAUAACGUAGCAACUGAUUUUCAAAAGAUUGCUCUGGGUGAAGCUGCUACAGAUAGAGGUAAUUCAGACCCUACGUCAGAAGCUCUAGAAGAAAGAUCUCCAACAGAUUCUUCCUGUCAUCCUCUGCUUCCAACCGAUGAUACUUCAGGGAACACCAAUUAAGACUGCGCCUAAAUAAUAUACUUGAGCCACAAAUUAUUCCAGCUGAUUAUCCAGUAUCCGUACUGGGUACUACCUUUGAUUUUUUUUGUUCUCCCUAAUUUUAUUAGAUUUUUUUUUUCUUAUCUUGGGAAUGGGAAGAGAGGCUGUUUUGGAGUCUGAUUUCUUCCACAGUCACGGAGCUCGAUUUUGGUAGUGAUUGAGUCACGUAGGAGGUGAAAUAAGGAUUUAUUCAUAAUUACAUCUUAAGGUAAGGAAGGUUGACCAGACAUAGAACAAAUUAAGAAUUUUGGUCCGGACGGAUUUAAUGAACAGAUUUGUAUAGUUUAUAUUUGCUUCGGAUGAUUUUCUUGUCGUUUGUGGUUAGCCUGUGUUGUGGGAUGGAUUCAUACCAGAGAGAAAUGAGGAGAGACUCUCCGAUGGGAUGAUUUGAGCCCAGGUGCUGCACUGCCGAGUUUCAUGUACCCGCAUAAGCGUGACAGAUAAAAGAAAUCUCUCAAGGCCUAUUUAUUUUAUUUUUUUAUAAUGUUAUUUUAUUAAAGGAUUUCCUCAUUUAUUAUUCUUCCUGCGUUUCAAUGUAGAUAUUUUAUUUUGAGUCU